GCGGACAGUGCGGGCCUGUGUGUCGGCGGCGCCGGGGUUCGCGGGAGCUGCUCCGAGGCUCGGCCGCCGAGAGGAGGCCGCGGCCACGCUUCUUGGGAGCUACCAAAUAACCUCUUUGAAGAAUCAUGACAUCCCACUGUGUGGUGCUAACUCUAGCCUCCCUGAUGUUCCUGAUGUGCCUCCCCGUGUCACAGAGCUGCAACAAAGCCCUGUGUGCCAGCGAUGUGAGCAAAUGCCUCAUUCAGGAGCUCUGCCAGUGCCGGCCUGGAGAAGGGAACUGUCCCUGCUGUAAGGAGUGCAUGCUGUGCCUCGGGGCCCUGUGGGACGAGUGCUGCGACUGCGUCGGUAUGUGUAACCCUCGGAAUUACAGCGACACGCCCCCCACAUCAAAGAGCACGGUGGAGGAGCUGCACGAGCCCAUCCCCUCCCUGUUCCGGGCCCUGACAGAGGGCGACACCCAGCUGAACUGGAACAUUGUCUCCUUCCCAGUGGCAGAGGAGUUGUCACACCACGAAAACCUGGUCUCCUUCUUAGAGACUGUGAACCAGCCGCACCACCAAAAUGUGUCUGUGCCCAGUGGCAGCGACAAAGAGCACAUGUGCACUGUGGUGUACUUUGAUGACUGCAUGUCUAUACACCAGUGUAAGAUAUCCUGCGAGUCCAUGGGGGCCUCCAAGUACCGCUGGUUUCAUAACGCCUGCUGCGAGUGCGUGGGCCCAGAGUGCAUCGACUAUGGGAGCAAGACUGUCAAGUGUAUGAACUGCAUGUUUUAACGAGGGAGAAGAAGUGCAAACCAAAGCAUUACAAGAUCAUUUGUGGUAUCGUGGCUAUUCAUUAUGAACCAUACUAUUCCCAGUAGCUGACGAAUAUUCAAGAAAUUCCAGCCUUCUAAGAAGCCGACGUAGAACGUGGAUGUAUGUGAUUAUUAAACAUCAAGGUGUCCUCUCACUUUUACCUAGAGUGCCUCUCUUUAAAGGUGCCUUGGAGACAUGUCAGCCCUUUCCUUCUGAGCUCCCGCAGGGCUGUGGGUUUUCUUGAAAUCAGGAGUUGUGAAGGACCACAGCGAGCUGUUCCAUCUCAGCUGCUGAUUCUCAAGAAAGUUUACACUCUGACGGAAGAAUGCUCAGAUGGCCUCUAGCAGUAUGUCUUGUGUUUUCUUUGUUUUUGUUGUUGCUGUCAUGGUUUGGUUUGGUUUGUUUUGAGAUCUCUGCGGCCCUGGAUGGCCUGGAAUUUGCUAUGUAGACCAGGCGGCCAUCCUCACAUUUUCUUAAUGAUGGCCAUAAACAUUGUUAAAAUAUGUCGCCUUCUUUUUAAAACUUUUCAUUAUUAAAAUUUAAAAUACAGUGUGUCUUUUUUACCCUGUACAUUUUCUAUGAACAAUUUUUUAAAUCACUUGCUUUAAAUUUUUUACUGCCUUGUUUUUCCCAUUAGAAGUGAUCCCCACUGAGAUAAAUUUUAUAAUCAAAUUUUGUGUAUUUCUCCUGGUUUGCCAAGACCUUGAAGAAAUAGCAGCCAUUCCCUGACAGGUUUGCACUCCCACCACAGAGAGGCUGACCAAGAUGAUCCAAGGAUCGGGGCCAGCCCGGGUCCACAGAGAUACUGCUCCGAAAGCACAACUCCCGUGCUCGGCAUUUGGAGUAGUGCUUUGUUCCUAGAUUGAAAUUAAAUAUUCAGGAACUAGCUGCCUCCCAGAAGCUAGCGCAGUCUCGCCCUUCCACACCAUUCCAGCAGCUACGCUCCCUUACUGAAGAGUACGUAAUAGUUUAUGGUUCUUUUUCAAUAAAAAACGAUGUUUUUCUUAUAGCCAGAUGCAAAGACACUGGACUUUACGGGCUGAGGUUGAACCCUGAUGCCCGGGCUCUCCCUGUCGCGGUGCAGCCCCAGUUCCACCCCAGUACUAACAAGAGACAAACACUAGCUUGUGAAUCUAAAUUCAUUUGUUGUUACUAAAUUCAUUUGUACUUACUUCCCUAUAGCAAGAGAAGGGCAGGUUUUUUUUUUUUUUUAUAACAUUUAUGAUAAAACAAUGUUUUCCCUAUACAUUUAGUUAGGACUGCAGCUUAUUCAUAAUUAAGGUACAAAAGCAAAACAUAUUCAAGUAAAAUGUACUAUUUUUUUACGCAGGAUGCUGUGAAAGAGGCCUUCACACCACAGUAUAACUUGUAAAGUUUCAGAAAAUAACGUUGUUAGCAUAUUUGAACAAAUAUUUGGAAUUUUUAAAAAGCAUCAAUUUAGAAAAAAAGAAAGUGAAACUCUGGAAAAUGAGAUGCUGAGACUGGGUUAUGGUUUAAAGGUCUGUACUUAGGAAGCAUCUUUAAGGACUUUAAAGACUUUGUUCAUUCCCAAGAGUCUAUGCUGAUUGCAUUUAACAUGACUGACAAUUUAAAUAUGUAAUUGUGUACAUUUUCAUUGGUUGUCUCUGUAGUCAAAAAGGUAUUUUAAUAAAAAAUAGAAAUGACUGUGA